AAAAAAAGGAAAUCUAUGGGGGGAAGUGAGGCAGGGGUACUUCCUUGUAAACACUAUCCUCUCUGAUCAUAAUAUUGUGCGCAAUGACCAAUUCAAAACAAUCCACCGUUUGCUGAAUCUUUAUUCUCGAGUGGAUAGGUUGAAGUCUAUUUUGUGCUUUUUCUUAUAACUCAGUUUGCACUAUGCUUCAGCUAAACGACACUGUUGAGCCAAUGAGUCCGGGGGCUGCGGUCCUUCAUCCGGCGGAGGCUGAGGAUGGAGUCGAGGUUGCCUUCACGCCGCCGGGGGCCGGAGGGAGCCUUGGGUAUAGUUCUUCUGUAGCAUGUUGCUCCCCCUUACAAACAUUGACGCCGUUUCAUGUCCACAACCCAACAAUGCAAGCGAAAGUGAAGGAUUAUUUCGUCUUCAGGCCAGGUACCAUUGAACAAGCAGUGAAUGACAUCAGAACAGUGGCCCUGCCUUCAGAAGAUGGAGAAGUGCUGAGUGUGUGGCUGCUUGCAGAAGUUGACCACUGGAACAACGAGAAGGAGAGACUGGUGCUCAUAACUGACAGGUCCCUGCUGGUUUGCAAGUAUGACUUCAUCAACCUGCUGUGUCAGCAGGUCAUCAGGAUCUCCCUUAAUGCCGUGGACACCAUCUCAGUGGGCGAGUUUGAGUUCCCGCCCAAAUCCCUCAACAAGAGGGAGGGCUAUGGGAUUCGGGUUCAGUGGGACAAACGCCCACGCCCCUCCUUCGUGAACCGCUGGAAUCCCUGGUCCACAGACAUGCCAUAUGUCACCUUCACUGAGCACACCAUGGCCCGUGCCGAUGAAAAAGUGGCCUCUCUCUGCCAGGUGGACAUCUUCCGGACCCAGCUGGUUCAGGCAGUGAAGAAGGCCCACAAGGAGUUCCCCAUUCCGGGCAGGGCCAACGGAGUUCUGAUCCUAGAGAGGCCCCUCCUCAUCGAGACCUACCUGGGAAUCAUGUCCUUCAUCAACAACGAGGCCAAGCUGGGCUACUCCAUGACCAGGGGCAAGAUUGGCUUCUAAUGUUUCCCACUGAGUGACCCUCUUAUUCCACAGCAGUGGGAGCGCUGUCAAACUGUGUGUGUAUAUGCUCGUGGAAUGCCGACAAUGUGGCUGUGUCAUACCCAAAGCUUGAGUAUGACAUGGCUCACUGGCGGGCAGUCGUGGUGUGCAGUCAGCCUGAGUUCUCUCCACUCCUGCCCCAGUGCUCUCAUGCAGAGGUAUGUUUUCCAUUUGUCAUAAUUAUUUAACCCCUGAGUGGAGAGACCUAUGUGAAUUUGGUGUGUUUGUGCGAUUAGGGAAUGUCGCUAGUUGUUGGUACAGUGCAUACUGUUUACCUUGCGAUUGUGAAUAUACUGUAAUUCAGACCUGAUGCUGCUAGGUGAACCCGACUGAGUGUCCAUGGAAGUUAACAUUAUCGUGGGCCUUUUGUGCAGUACAAGGGCAUGGUUAGGAUCUUAACUUGAGGUUUAAGCGUUACUACAGAUAAAUCGACGCAAUGCGCUUUGCCUGAUCAAACGGUGAACCCAUUAUUUUCAACCUGAGACGCCUUGCAAAAUAGCAGAUUUUAGCAUCAGCCAUAUUGGCUUUAAAAUCCAUCAUAUUGGGACAUUGUAGAGUGGUAAGAUUAGAGAAUGAAUGCGGCUGCCGGUGCUACAAUCCGCCUUUUCCCAGUUAUGUCAAAACUAUGGCCAAGUUAUUCUGACUGUUAGUGUUUAUUUACGUUAUGUUUGGUGCAAGCAUUGAAGCCCAAUUACAAAUAUCCCCGUGCCAAUUUUCUUAAAUUGAUUAGGCCUACUCGUCUCCAUUUCUAGAAAACACACUGCCUUUAUCGUCCUCGUGCUAGGCUAGUUAAUGCAAAAGCAGCGCAUUAGGUUCCAUGAAAAUGUGAUGCCUAACGUUGGGGUGAGUAGCUGCCGGGGAAGUGUUGUGGAAUAUUAUGUGCUACUUUAGCAUGAUGACGACAAAGGCAGUUUAAUUCCAAACUAGCAGUAUUUCAAUCUUCUUGAUUUGUCGUCAUAUAUUGUUUUACUGUUAAUUAUCCCACAACGCCUAUGCCUGGAUUGAGGUAUGUUUUCAUACCUGUUUGAUUCUUAGUGUUGACCGGUGUGUAUAUAAAUGACUAGAAGGAAAAAAAUCCCUUCCACACAUAUGGCUGUGGUUGCACCAAACUAUCUACUAUUCGAAUACACAGAAGCUUGCAAGGAGGCUAAAAUAGUCUUAUCAAUAUUACCAACCGCCUGAAUAACUUGGCCAUAGUUUUGACCAUAAAUAAUUUUAAAAAAUGCCAUGUGGAAAUGAAAAUGGUAGCCAUCUUAGAUUACAUGAUGUAUUAGUCAACUAUUCAAGUAAAAAACUAGUUAGGGCUGUAGUCAUGGUCAGUCUUUUAUAUAAUUAACUCCGAUAUAAACCGAAGAGUAGGGUGACCAGAUGUCCCCGAUUUCUGGGGAGAGUCCCCAAUUUGUGGCCUGUGCCCGAUUAGCCCUCAAAGAAAAAAGCAACUCUGAAAUUGGAUACAGCGUUUGAAAUAUCAGCCUCAAUUAGAUUAGUAAAAAUGUCUCCCCUUACCAAACUCGUUUUGCCGCGGACCUUUUUGAGAACGUUUGAUCAGUGAUACAUUGUAACCGCCGCAUGAACAACCAUGCCCAUGUCCAGAAAGUGUAUGCAACAGCAUAGGCUACCAAACUUGGGUAUUUCUAAAAUAACUAGAUAGGCUAAGACAGGGCUCUCCAACCCUGUUCCUGGAGAGCUACCCUUCUGUAGGAUUUUGCUCCAACCCCAGUUGUAACUAACCUGGUUCAGUUUAUCAACCAGAUAAUUACUAUAGUCAGGUGUGUUAGAUUAGGGUUGGAGAACCCUGGGCUAAAAUGAAAACUGUGGAGGGGUAAAUCCAUUUCUGUUCUAAUUUAAAGUAUUUGGAAAGGACUAUAGUGAAUUAUAGUUCCAUGCCAUAGUUUUUUUCCUCCCUGCCCCCACCUUUUAAUGGAUCUUACAGGUGUCUUCCCUUUCCCCUCCCUGUUCCACAACUCUUGCUACUUGUUUUUAACCACUUAUCUACCCCCUUGGCCUCUGCUUUUCUGAUUUGUCACUUCCAUGUCAACAUUAGAAUGCUUGAGUGCUUGCUCGGCGAGAACAUCCACCUCCUCAUUCCCCUAUACUCCCACGUGCUGACACCCAGAGAAACCUCACAAAUACCCCCCCCAUCUGUCUCAACCUAAACGAGCACUGCAAAAUCUCAUAACCUCUUGUCUGCUCCAUCAAAUGUAAAUGUAUCAGCGCUGCACAGUGAUUCAAUGAUCAUGCUUUAACUGCUCCAAUGAACUAAUAUGUCUGUCCAACUACCUUUUUUCUGGUCUAAAUGUAACUUGCAUGUUGGGUUUGCAUGCAGUCUCUGUUCAAUUUGGAAAAUGCUCCAGAAUAACAUUUCAUGAAUUGAUGCAGAUUUCAAAAUUAAGUGUUUUGAGUGUCACUAAAAUAAAAUUGACUUUAUGGUCAAUGCUUUAUUUGUAGCACGGUCACCAACGUAAGACAAUUGCCUACAUUGUUUUGUAUGAAGUAAAUCUGAUAUCCGACCCAUUUGCAGAUUAGUUUGACUCAUAACUCUUACUAUAUUAAAUAAAUACUUAUCAAAAUGU